UCAUUGUUACUGAGAGGUGAAAUGGCGCAGCAAGGAGCUCAGCUGGACGGAGCUAAAUUCUGCUGUUCGAUCUGUUUGGAUCUACUGAAGGAUCCGGUGACUAUUCCCUGUGGACACAGCUACUGCAUGAGAUGUAUUAACAACUUCUGGGAUGAAGAGGAUAAGAAGGAAAUCUACAGCUGUCCUCAGUGCAGACAGACCUUCACACCGAGGCCUGUCCUGGUAAAAAACACCAUGUUAGCAGAUAUAGUGGAGGAGCUGAAGAAGACUGGACUCCAAGUUGCUGCUGCUGAUCUCUGCUAUUCUGGACCUGAAGAUGUGGCCUGUGAUGUCUGCACUGGGAGGAAGCUGAAAGCCUUCAAGUCCUGUCUGGUGUGUCUGGCUUCUUAUUGUGAGAAACACCUUGAACGUCACUAUGAUGUAGCUCCAUUAAAGAAACACAAGCUGGUCGAUCCCUCCAAGAAGCUCCAGGAGAACAUCUGCUCUCGUCAUGAUGAGGUGAUGAAGAUAUUCUGCCGUACUGAUAAGAAGUGUAUCUGUUAUCUGUGUACUAUGGAGGAUCAUAAAGGCCACGACACAGUCACAGCUACAGCAGAAAGAACUGAGAGGCAGAGAGAACUCGACGUGAGUCGACUAAACAUCCAGCAGAGAAUCCAGGACAGAGAGAAAGAUGUGAAGCUGCUUCAACAGGAGGUGGUGGCCGUCAGUCUCUCUGCUGAUAAAGCAGUGAAGGACAGUGAGAAGAUCUUCAUUGAGCUGAUCCGUCUCCUCCAGAAAAGAAGCUCUGAUGUGAAGCAGCAGAUCAGAUUCCAGCAGGAAACUGAAGUGAGUCGAGUCAAAGAGCUUCAGGAGAAGCUGCAGCAGGAGAUCACUGAGCUGAAGAGGAAAGACGCUAAACUGAAGCAGCUCUCACACACAGAGGAUCACAACCAGUUUCUACACAACUACCCCUCAGUGUCACAACUCAGUGAACCUACAGACUCAUCCAGCAUCAAUAUCCGUCCUCUGAGAUACUUUGAGGAUGUGACAGCAGCUGUGUCAAAGCUCAGAGAUAAACUACAGGACAUCCUGAAGGAGGAAUGGACAAACAUCUCACUGACAGUCACUGAAGUGGACGUUUUACUGUCAGAUUCAAAAUCAGAGCCCAAGACCAGAGCUGGGUUCUUAAGAUAUUCACAUGAAAUCACUCUGGAUCCAAACACCGCAAACACACGGCUGUUAUUAUCUGAUGGGAACAGAAAAGCAGAAGUAACAAAUCAACAUCAGUCUUAUUCUAGUCAUCCAGACAGAUUCACUGGUCAUCGUCAGGUCCUGAGUAGAGAGAGUCUGACUGGACGUUGUUACUGGGAGGUGGAGUGGAGCGGGACAGGAGUUUUUGUAGCAGUCGCAUACAAGAAUAUCAGCAGAGCAGGAGGCUCAAAUGAUUGUAUAUUUGGAUUCAAUGACAAAUCUUGGGCUUUAUAUUGGAACAAUAACAGUUAUGAAUUCUGGUUCAACAGCAUUAAAACUCCUGUCUCAGGUCCUCGUUCCUCCAGACUAGGAGUGUACCUGGAUCACAGAGCAGGUAUUCUGUCCUUCUACAGCGUCUCUGAAACCAUGACUCUCCUCCACAGAGUCCAGACCACAUUCACUCAGCCUCUCUAUGCUGGAGUUUGGCUUGGUUAUAGAUAUGGAGACACAGCUGAGUUGUGUAAACUCAAAUAGUCAGAAGUCAUUUGAGGGACAGUCAGUUAUUUUGUCUCUGUCGAGUUUCUUUAUGUGAUGCUCUUUCUUGCUUGUGUGUUUCAGCAGAGAGGCUAUCACUGCUCAUCAUGAUUUUCUUCAUAUAUAUAAACACAAACUUGCAUUUCUCAACAUGGAAACUGAAACUUUGUGCUCUUGUUUCUUUUCCAUCUCAUCGGUCUUAACAGAGAAAAAUCAGACCUUCCUUUAUCAAACAUAUUUUGCUCUCAUGACUUUUUGAAUCAGUAAAGAAAUGUAUUGUUGCAUUUACAUUCAUAGUUAUGCAUUUUGUCCAAUAUCACACACAAAUCAGGUGUUAUUAAGUGUUAUAAAACUAUAAUUAUCAUGAUAAUAAUCAAUAAGUAGAUCAUUUAUUAAGUUCUUGUACAUAGCUGACAUUCUGUGAUUGAUUGUCUGGUUGAAAUGAAUCUGAACAUGAAAUCAUUGAACAAGAGUCAUUUAACAGACUUUACUGAUUGGAUGUGUGAACAAACUGAAGCUUUACACAAUAAAUAAAGUAUAAUAAUUCAA